GAGUGUGUUUACGGUUUUCAGUGAGUGCCUAUUAAUAGAAUAAUGUGUCAGCAAGAAUGUCGCGGUUGAGGUGAACUAGCUGUGCUGUGAUUGCUACCAAAUAUGUGCAUAAGUUUUAACGUGUUGUUGUGAACGCUGUUUACAGCGCGUUUCACUUGCGAUUUCAAUGCGAUUACUUGCUGUAAAUUACUCGUAUACUGUGGAAAUGACACCAUUACCUACAUACAACGUUAAUUGUGGUAAACCACAGAGCCUGAAGUCAGGCCGCGGACUGCCCGUGGUGAUACCCUCGGAGCACCGCUUUGUGCUGGCCGAGGAUGCCCUCAGCAAGCUCUUGCUGGAAGACGAUAUACGAGACCGCGCCGUCAUCGUGGUAUCGGUGGCCGGCGCCUUUCGCAAGGGAAAGUCUUUCCUGCUCGACUUCUUUUUGAGAUACCUCGAUCACACGUACAACCAUGGAAUGGGCGGCGACGACUGGAUGGGGUCGGAGGACGAGCCCCUGGAAGGCUUCAGCUGGCGCGGCGGCUCCGAGAGAGACACCUCGGGCCUGCUGCUCUGGUCGCAGCCCUUUAAGGCCACUCUGCCUAAUGGAGAUAAGGUGCUGAUCCUGCUGAUGGACACGCAAGGCACCUUCGACAGCGAGUCGACGGUGCGCGACAACGCGACCAUCUUCGCGCUCUCCACCAUGAUCUCCUCGGUGCAGAUCUACAACUUGUCGCAGAACAUAGAGGAAGAUGACUUGCAGCACUUACAGCUGUUCACAGAGUACGGGCGCCUGGCGCUGCAGAACAGCGUGGGCAAGCCGUUCCAGCACCUGCAGUUCCUGGUGCGCGACUGGAGCUUCCCUUAUGAGCACCCCUUCGGCCCCGAAGGCGGUCAACAGCUGCUCGAUAAGUGGCUUGAGAUCCACGAGGGCCAACACGAGGAAUUACAAACGCUGCGGAAGCACGUUGUGGCGUGCUUCGAGAAGCUGGCGUGCUACCUCAUGCCGCACCCCGGCCUCACCGUCGCCACCAACCCGCACUUCAAGGGGAAACUCUCAGACAUAAGCCCCGAGUUCAAGACGCACUUGCGCCAGUUCAUCCCGAUGCUGCUGUCUCCGGAGCAGCUGGUGCCGAAGACGACGGGCGGGCAGCGCGUGAAGGCGCGCGACCUGCUGCUCUACUUCAAGGCGUAUAUGACCAUCUUCAACGGGUCCGAACUGCCGGAACCGAAGUCUAUUUUGGAGGCGACAGCAGAAGCCAACAACCUGUCCGCGAUAGCCGAAGCUAGAGAAGUGUACGACGCGCUCAUGGACGAGGUGGCAGGCGGCACGAGGCCUUACCUGCAGCCCAAGGUGUUGGAGCAGGAGCACCGGCGCGCCAAGGACAAGGCGCUGCACGCCUUCCACAGCAAGCGGAAGAUGGGCGGCCAGGAGCUCGCCAACACGUAUAGCGUGCAGUUGGUUAAGGAAUUAGACGAGCUGUUCGAGCAGCUCCGUGCACACAACGAGGGCAAAAACAUCUUCAAGAUGGCCAUCACGCCCGCUGUGCUGGCUGUUCUCAUGUUGCUGGGAUACCUGCUGGGCGUUCUGGGUUCAGGCGUGGGCGUCCAGACGCUUGUAGCCGUGGGACAGGUCCUCACUAUCACUGCGGGGGCCAUGCUCACGUUAUGGGGAUACAGCAGGAUAACUGGCAACCUGCGAGACGUAGCUGUACAAAUAGAUGAAGGAGCUGAAACUGUCAAAAAUUAUCUAACACAGCAAGCUGUUGGCAACGCGACUGCGUCAACGAUGGGGCACAGCGAAGACAAGAAGUACUCAUAACAUUCCUACCUCACAGACUGAUCGAGACCUUAAGGCCAACGACUUUUGGACAAAAAUCAUUGUAGAAAAGAUAUUUGUCAGUUACACAAUGCCAGUUAUGUGUUAGGGCUACCAGAGUGUCAAAAUACUUCGCUUGAAGAUUGUUAUGGCGCAGUUACACUAUGCGGGAAA